AUGGAUCGGCGACUACCUGACGAAAUCGGCCGGCAUAACGGUGGGCAGGUCCAAUCUUCCGUCAGCAAGGGAUCCUCUCCCGAUACCGGCGCUGCCGCCGCCUCCCAGCACGGCUCCGAUGACGAGCACCACGAAGUGGUCGAGGAUGAUGGGAACUAUACACAGUUUGAUCUCACUAUCGACACCGUUAAUGUGACGCUUUCUUUUCUCAAAUGGUGGAACGGAAAGGGACUCCUCAAGGAUGUGGAGAUCAAGGGAAUUAGGGGAGAAGUUGACAGGAGGUCUGUUAUUUGGUCGGACGAUGACCUGGAUCCUUUCUCCUAUCGACAUGAACAUCAACCCGGCGAUUUUGAACUUGACUACUUUAAACUCGACGACCUCCGUGUUACGGUUCAUCAGCCUGAGGGCUUCAGACCUUUUGAGGUCUGCAUCUAUUCCUGUGAGCUUCCCCAGCUCCGCAAGCGAUGGUUGUUCUACGAUCUGUUAUCAGCAAACAAUGUCUCGGGAUCGUACGACGGCUCUCUCUUCACCAUUCAUACACCUCUCGUGGACACCCUCGGGAGGGAAGAGAACACCUUUGGAAACCCAGCAGCCUGGAAAAAAUCCACACGAUUGAGGAUCGAUAACCUGAGAAUCGACCAUCUCAACCGGGGCGUAUCCGGACCAUUCGGUUGGAUCUACGAGGGCAGGGUUGACAUAAUGGCCGACGUUAUGUUGCCUAGCGACGAGAAUACAGGGCUAGGGAAGGUCGUGUCCGACUUUUAUGACCAGUUGGACGACCUGGUGACUUCAAACAGAAUCCGCCUGCUCCGAAAAGCUGGGAUUGAAGAUGAAUUUGACCUAGGAAUCACUUUGCCACCGAAUGAGCCAUUCGAAAGACCGGGAGCUCAUAUCCCGCAGGAGCUUAUCCCCGAAAAGGACCUGUCAGAACCGGACGCGACCGAAGAGCGGCAGUACCUUGUCUUUGACAUCCGAAUCCGACUCAACGAUGUCAAGGCUGCUGUACCACUUCUCACGAACGACAUAUCUUACGUAAACCAGGCUCUCGUACGCCCCAUCGUCGCGUACAUCAACUCGCGACGCACUUACAUUCCUAUCACCUGUCGAUUCGCCAAGCGGCGCUCGGACUUUGACGGAAGUUGGACGACCUUUGACUCCGGCCUCAUGGACGAUCUCUCAGCCGAGACGUAUACCGCUUUUGCACGAAAUGUCGAGAAUCAGCAGAAUCGAAUACGACGACUGAAGAAGGUCGGUGGCUGGACCCUGUCUUUGCUAAUCCAUGCUAUAUGUGGCGGCAUGGCAGGAACUGUCGUCUAA